CGUCUGAUCAUCUGCGAUAUCUGGUCCUUGCCAACUCUAAGCCUACGAGCCCUGACAAUAAUUAAACUACUGGCACUGCAUUUCAUUGGGUGACGCACGUGCUCAUGCUCAUUUCAAGCAACCGGCUUCCAAAAGUCUCUCUCGAGUCUCCAUUCUCCAGUCGCUCCUUCCCCAACUUGCAUCAUCGUACUUGAACGUGGUGUGCCUGCCGUCUCUGUCUUCAACUUGGUCAAACAUCAAAGCCUCACUUUUCCCUCUCGCAUCUACCAUAUCUGAUCCCUCGUCGCCAUCACAGUGCAGACACCUGCAGAGUGAUUAUUCUUCUGGCACACAUGCCUGAGCUGCCCCGCACUUAGGCCCUCCUCUUCUCGAGGCUGAAAUCGACGCGCCAUCAUGCCAUCGUGUUUAUACUUUUCCCCUCCAACAUGAAACCCGAUGUGCCGCCAUCAUACGAGAGCGCCAUCAGCCGCGAAGCCUGGACGGUUAUUGCGCCGUGGAUACCUUCUAGCGACUUGUGUUCGGCCUGCCUCGUCUCUUGCAAAUGGUACUCCAUCUUUGUCCCCUUCCUCUGGGGUGAUCCUGCUUCCCACUUCGGUAUCGAGAACGACGCCGUAUAUGUCGCCCUCACUCGGUUCAAACGCUCCUUGCGCAAGGCUAGACUCAGCACUCGCGGCUUGACACAUACCCUUCAUCUUCCUCCUGCCCUAGGCGAGAUCUAUGGGGGUCCACAUCCCACAUGGCUGCGCGAAGUUCUCGAGCAUUUGCCCAACCUACAGUCCUUGAUCGUCUCCAGCCUCCCCUUCUUCGACCACCAUAGCCUAGUCGCCCUCAGGUCCACCGGCAUCAACAAGAGAUCGUCUCAAGGGGAAGAUAAUACUCUACCUGCCUUUGGCCUCAAACUAUUGUUGGCCUCCAAUGAGCGCAAUACUACCUCUCUCGGGUUGAACAUCGCUAUAUCUCGCUUUCCUUACCUUGUCUAUCUUGACCUUUCCUACACCACUCCCGCCAGAGACGCCGCUGUCUUGGCUUCCCUCUCAAAUCUGCAUGAUCUCCAAGUUCUCAAGUUGAGAGGCGUUGGGAUGAAAGAUGGCGAGGCUGAAGUUCUGGCCAAUUCCAUUGGCAUCAGAGUGCGUUUAUUGGAUCUGCGGGACAACCUCCUCACCGACAUGGCUGUGAGAUCUCUGAUGCAAGCCUGCUUCCUUCCCUCAGAUGCUGCAUUCUCCAAUUCGUUGAAUGUCGAAGACUGGCCCGUGGGUAUGGCGCCUGGUCCAGACUUUUUCAGUCUCGAUGCCUUGAGGAGCGAGGAACUCGACCACGAAUUGCUCAAACAACUCACGAGGCCUCUGACGGGAAGACUGGCAUUUGAGGAUAUCCCCCAUCGAGGUCUGACCCAUUUGUACAUUUCGGGCAAUCGUUUGUCUGUUGAGGGCCUGUCUAGUUUGCUGAAAUCUGAACGACUUCAUAUCCUUGACGGCGGCACCGUCGACACAGUCAAAACAAUUGCCCGGACCAUGUCCCCCUACUCUGAAACAGGUUAUAUCGAUGAAGUCCGUUUUCCCGGCGCCGAGAAACUCAUUCCUGUUCUGGCAAAUUCUGCCAGCAAGAAUUUGACCUAUUUACGAGUCGAUCAUGCCUUGGUCUCUGCCAAACUGGAUACCCCAAAAGAGCCCGCUAAGCCCAAGGGAUCGGCUGUCGAGCUUGUCGGGUCGCAAUCGGUAGUACCAGAGUUGCCCACGGAAGAACGAUCUAUCGUUGAGGCACCAGCUCCCGCUCAUUACGCCACAGAGCUACCUGCAAAUGACCAGAUAUUUGAACUCGAUGCAACUCCUGCUUUGCCGAGGCAAGAAUUGGUGGGUGACAUGAUUUAUUUUGCCCUCAGUCCACCUGUGGGAGACAAGCCGGCCGACAGUGGCCCCGAUCCCGCCGAACAAACGAGUCCUGUCAAGGGUGAAGGGCCAUAUGCUCCGGAAGUGGUUGAAGAUUACAAUCAUGAAAAUGACACAGUACAUGACGGAGAUCCUCACCCUGCAGAAGAGUCUGAAAUCUCGGACGACACGGGAACUCACAGUACCGUCCGGUCAAUACUUUCCCCCGUAUCUCCUCUCGUUUCACGUCCAAGUCCUGCCCAUGGUAGUUUCACGCCUCUGGAUGCCACGUUGAAUGGACAACAAGGAUCUGGCGCUCUACUAGAUCUCGCAAAGGCAGCCGCAUCAACUCAUCAGUCCUCGACGAUGUCUUCAGGCCCAAUCAAACAAGCCGGUUUGGCCCCUGCUCCCACGACCCCAUCCUCUAACGUUCAGCGCCUGGCAAGGAUCGAGACUCUUCUCCAAAAGCGCCCGACAGGGUUUCCAAGUAAAUCAGUGCAGCCAGGUCAACCUCUCCCUAAGCUCACAGCUCAAGCGCUCAGAACGCUUCAUCCGUGUCUGCUCCCGAACUUGAGGACCCUGGUCUUGACAAAUGUGCCUACCAGUGUACCAAAGUCCUCCACCAUUAUUGAGGCCAUUAAAGCAUUUGUUUCCGCCUGUGCUGACGAGUCUGCUCUCUCUCAUCUACUUGCACGAACCGACUACUCCUUACCACCGGGCCGUGCUCGCCACAUGGCUGAAGUCGAGCAUGCACGGUCUCUUUUUGCCCUACGGACCAUCAUACUAGAAAUGGAACAGCCAGGCUCCAAGCAAUCAGAGGCACAACAGCGCAGUUGGCAGCAUUCGAGACAACGUCUCAGCAUGUCCAAGUCUUCCACGGGAGACAUGGACUCGGAAGCACUAUGGUCUGCCGCUGAGAAUGACUUUUCCUUCUUUGGAGCAGAAGGAGAAGAGCAAGACGAAUGUGGGAUUUACCAGCACGACCCCGACAAAUAUUUCCCCACGGCCCAUUUUGACGACAAAAUCCUUCUGGGCCCCGACGACAGCGGCUCUGGUGUACUUGACAGUGGCGCUAGUAGUCCACGAGGUAGUCUUCAUGGGGGCUAUCAUGGGACACUCAGUCCGUUCAGCAUGAAUUACGGCAAUCUCAAAAGCCCGAGGAACCUGCCAUUAGGGAGAAACAGGAGAAUGAGCGGCGAGAGCCAGCGGAGUGGGAUUUCAAUGUCUCAUGAUGGAACAAGGCAGGUAACAGCAGAGAUGCCAGGUGGGUUUACAUCACCAGAUCUCAGGCAGCACAGAUUGGCUCCUCGGUCAGUGCCUGCCGUGGCGGUCCAGGACCUAGAACCAGAGGAGGAAAAGGUUGACGUUGUCGCUGAGCUAGCGGCAUGGCGAAAAGAGCGGAAGAAGGCAUACGAUGAUGAGGUGAUGAGACAGCGGCUGGCUCGCGACCACUCGGGAAACGGUACCUUCAACAGCUCAACCCCGGGAAAUUCACGAUCUUCACCAUCGAAUGGCCCCAGAGGUUACGGGUACGGCUAUGAUGACGGAGCAACCUCAGCAACGACACAAUUUCGUGCGCCAACUUCAUCGCCUCAACCGCCCACCAUGACGGCUAGAACGAACGGCGACACGGAUGUUGACAUGCGGCUCAUCGAGGGACAUUGGAAAGGGGAGAUCAAGGUGGUGAGAAACCCGACUCCCAAGGGAAGAACAGGCGUGGUUGACAUGUAUGGAAACUAUUUUGAAAAAGGAUAUUUGUACCCGUGAUGUCAUGGAAGAUGUUGACGAGCACCAUGAUUUGUUGAUUGUACAUGCCUGACGCUGGAUCACGAUACAUGAGGUCUAGAAGCAGCCUUUUGGAAACAUGACCUACAGCCAAGGAAGAUAAUGACGAUAAUUAUAAGAUUGCAUAAUGCUUAUUAUAUUCUGUACCACAAGUCGCU